GUGCACGAGCCAAAGAGGGUAAUCCAGACGAUUUGUAUAUCUGCUCAAAUUCGUUGCCGCUCCUCAAUGUUACCUCAGUUUAUAUUUGGCUUAAAGGAGACGCAACAAAGCGCACAAAAUGGUUGCGCAGGAGGCCAGGACGAAUAAGUAGGUUUACUAUAGCUUUAAGAAGGCGAAAAUAGUGUCUGCUUCUUUAAAAUUAUAUCGGGUUAUUGCUGAAUAGAUAAUUAAGAAAACUUUUCAAUUACAAAUCAAUAAAUAUAUGUAUUUAAUUUGCGACGAACCCUACGCAAUCACUGAAAAUGCACCACUGUUGGAUAAAGGCCGCUUGCGAUCUAGACGUCUAUUAGACAGAUGUGGUCCGUUUUUACUGAAAUAUCCAGCAAACCUGCUUGACUGUAAGCGGAAUCUGUGGAGGGUUGAAGUGUCUUUAUGGUGAUGGAACCGCCGGGAGACCGAACCGAGGAUGUAAAUAAAGGUGAAGCACCGGAGGAGGACAAGGCCUCAGAGCGGACCCCGACCACCAGUGUGACCGUUACGCCGCGGAGGGGGCUCAGAGAGCGGGGAGCGGGCCGUCCUAGGUCCGGCGUCUCCGCUUCAGUCACGGACGUUAACGGAGCAGCGUCGAGCCCGCAGAGCUCGGGACGGGUUUUGAGAGACAGGUCAACAAGGGCAGUACCGGCCUGGUUGAAGGACAGCAGAAGCGACGACGACGACUACGAAGCAGGAGAAGAAGGAGAACCCAAUCCGGACACCGGCGCGUCCAAGCGGAGGAAAGUUUCCAACUCGAAGCGGAAAAAACAUUCAGAAGCAGCGAGUUCUGCAGAAGCUGGAGGGGGGGUCGCAGGUGACAGCCUUCAAGGCACAGACUCAGAGGACCCAAAGAAACCUGCAACAGAUGCACAAGCUCUUCCCACCAAACGCCAAACGCCAGCCCAGACUCGUGCCAAGCCCCCGUCUGGCAGAGCUGUCCGCGGCUCUGCCAAGCCCGUGUGUAAGACCGAACCUGGAAUGGAGAAUCCAGCUGCAGUCAAAGACGAGGUCAAGGACAAGAAUGAAAUUAAACAGAAAGAGAAGGAAAGUGAGGAUGUUGCUGUACCAGUCUUGGAUGAUGAAGACCCUCCAUUCCAGGACGACCUAAAUGACCUGAGCUUCCAGCCGCAGAGUCAGAGUGGUGCAGAGGAGGAGGAGUUGGGCCUCAGCACUGAUGAAGAUCUUCCUUUCAGAGAUGACCUGAACGAUCAGAGCUAUGACCCGAGGGCUGAAAGGGAUGUACCUAAAGCAAAGCGCAGACCUCCUCCGAGGCAGAAGGAGAAGAAAGAGAAGGAGAAAGCUCCUAAAAAAGAGAGAGAGGUUGCUGAGAUCAAGGUUGAAGGUUCAGAGAACGUUGAGAUAGUGGAAGAGGAAGUAAAGCUGGAAGAGGAAACAGUGGAGGACCCGGAUGGACCAAGGAAGAGAGGUCGGCGGAAAAAAGAUGACAAAACCCCGCGGCUGCCAAAGAGAAGGAAGAAGCCUCCAGUGCAGUAUGUACGCUGUGAGAUGGAGGGAUGUGGGACGGUCCUGGCUCAUCCUCGCUACUUACAGCACCAUAUAAAAUACCAGCACUUGCUCAAGAAGAAGUAUGUGUGUCCUCACCCCUCAUGUGGAAGGCUCUUUCGCCUGCAGAAGCAGCUGCUUCGUCACGCAAAGCACCAUACAGACCAGAGGGACUACAUCUGUGAGUUCUGCGCUCGUGCCUUCAAGAGCUCCCACAACCUGGCUGUGCACCGCAUGAUCCACACAGGAGAGAAACCCCUACAGUGUGAGAUCUGUGGCUUCACGUGUCGUCAGAAGGCGUCUCUAAACUGGCACAUGAAGAAGCACGAUGCUGAUGCCACAUAUCAGUUUUCCUGCUCCAUUUGUGGCAAGAAGUUUGAAAAGAAGGACUGUGUGGUGGCCCAUAAGGCCAAGAGUCACCCAGAGGUGCUUAUUGCUGAGGCGCUGGCAGCCAAUGCUGGUGCCCUCAUCACGACUCCCGCCUCCUUACUGGAGCUUUCAGGAAACCCCAUGCAAGCAGAGGUCACCAGCCUGGAUGUGGUCCAAGUAGGGCAGGACUGUGAGGGGGACCAGCUGAGCCAGGAAGGACAGGUCGGGCAGCAACUGGCUCAGGUGUCCCAGAUGGGUCAUAUGACCCAACAAGUGAGUCACCAGGUGGUUUUACUGGGACAAGACCAGAGCCUCCAUACAAUGCAGGUGCCAGUGACGAUUGCCCUGUCCCCUAUCGACCCCCCUUCGCCGGCUGAUAACCAGCAACAGACUCACCUCCAGCUACAGAUGCCCGUCCAGUUCGUGCAGGCGGCUCAGCAGUCGCAUCCCCAAAUCCAACAGCUGACCCUCCAUUCUGGCUCAGUGGUGACCCAGCACCAGCCCCAACUGCAGCCUCUUCAGUCCUAUUCCUCUCAGCAGCAGAGCCACGGGCAGACUCAAAUCCUUCAAAUGACCUUCCAGCCUGUCAGCCAGUCUCAGACCCACAUUCAGCAGAUCCCCAUUCUAGCCAGCUCGCAGCAGCUUCAGGCCCUCCACACAGCCGUCCAGAGCCCCACUCUCCUGUCCCAGUCCCCAGCCUCCACCAACAGGGGCAGCUUUCUUCUGGACAAUCCGGUGCUCUCGUCUUCCUCCCAGUCAGUCGGCUCCCAUCAUCAGACAGAAGACGUGGAGGAGGACAGCGUGGUCUGGGAGCAGUCGGGUCAAGAGGAGGUGCUGUCAGACAGCAGUGAGGUGCACGUGCAGCAGGUGCUCUUGUAGAACAAGAAUAGUGCACUAAAACAGUUUGGGGUAAAUGUAGGAUCACUAAUAUAUGAUAUACUGUUCACUCAUAGUCAGAUUUGGUAGCUUUUUAGAAUAUCUGUAUCAGGGAAAGAUGUGUAUGUCUCUGUAUGUGUAAGUUGUUGCCUUUGUACAUACUGUCCUGUAAACAUAACUAGCCUUCUAUGUGAGUGUAUGUAAUGAUGCUGAGGUUAUGUUGCAGAGCUGUUGCUGUUAUGCAAUAAAAUAACAUACCUCUUAGUUACAUACUGCACAUGAAUGCCAAGUGUUUGGCAUCAAGGUUCCUGAUGAUAUCAGAAUAAAUUGACUAUUUAUAUUAUUAAUUAACACACAAACACAAACAAGAAAGCUAUGAACAGACCCACAUAUGUGUGGAGUAAUUAUUCUGUAAAAUGAAUAGGCAGCUAUUUUUCUUCAUUUGUCCAGCUCUCACUGUACAGCCUUUAUUUGGUAAGGUUAAGGAAACAAUAGAACAGCAUACAACCUAAAGAGGCAAAUAGAAACAUUUAUAGACCUAAAGAGGACAAAAAGAGUUCUCAUUACCCUGUUAAAAAAAAAAAAAAAGUCUAAAAAUAUGCAUAUUUAACUUGUUUUAGAUAGUGUCAGUACACCUGGUAAGUAACAUCUGUGCAGAUGUUAGGGAAGCUUCGCUGGUUCAGUUUGAAGGAGGAAUAAUCCAUACAUGUUCUACUCACAAAAAGUCGUCGGUUAUUAUAGGAUGCCAAAAGGUGACCUAGGACACGUUUUAAUCACUUAUGAGCCUAUAAAAAUAACAGCAAGAAAAAGUCACUGAGUUAGCACAAGAGUUGUUUUCUAUAAUCUAUGACUCAUAAUGUAAUUUAAUUAGCAAAGCUGUGUAGAAACCAUAGAACACGAGCUAAUACUGAAAUCUGCACCUCUAUGAUAUAAUGAUCUAGGAUGUGUGGUAGGAUAAACACAAAACAUGUUUGUUUAUAUGAUGUCAAUAAACGUCAUAACAUUU